AUGGCUGCUCAAAAAUCCAGGAUCCAACAACGAAGGGAGGCUAAAUUUGCCGAGGCGUUGAAGACCGGCGGGCUCAAGAAGUCGGCGCCUGAUCAGGAGCUGCUCAAGAAGGCUUCAAAACCCAAGCUUCCGCUGUCGAUUAUCUAUGGGUUUCUGGGCUUGUUUGUGGGAGGAUUGAUUUUCGAGUGCCUACGAUUGAUCAUCUAG